CGUCUUCCCCCCCCCCCCUUACCUUUCCCUUUACCUUUGUACCAAAACCGUUUCUACCUCUUUUUUUUUUUUUUACUUUUUUAUUUUCUUGCAAUCUUCAUACCCACAUGGUGAAAACUUCGCGUUCUCGAUCACCGUCACCGACGGGUCUGGUUAAAGAUGACCCCAAUGUGGGGUCCACUCCUCGACACCCGCUUCAUCGUUCCCAUUCAUCAUUGACCCCAUCGUCGUUUUCUUUUAUAUCUCGUCCUACGCAACAGAGCCUCAGCCAAAAAUUGAAAACGGCUCUCCCCUUUUCUCGCUUUUAUUCCAAUACACUCACGGUAACUACCGCCAGUGAUCCGUUGCUACCAUCCCUACUGACGGAACAUGGGUCCCUUUUUCACUUGCCGCAGCCUAUCGUUCUAUCUUCCUCAACGACCCGACCUCGUUAUCCCAGCGGGAAACUGUCCCUGACUCAUCCUCGAUUCCACGCCGACUUGCCAGAAUCCACUACGGCCCCGAUAUCCAAAUACACAGCGACCAUUUCUCGGCGGCGGCGUUCCGUCGACGCUCUCAAUAUUGUCCAUGAUGUGUAUCGGUGUAUGUUCAAGGUCACACUAGAUACCAAAGGAAGUCUAGGUACAUUUUUCCGUCCCAAGAAAAAGAAAAACCUCCUUUACCCACUUUAUCCAUUGUGCUCAUGAACUUCCUUUUUCCUCACACCUAGCGGCAUUAUGUUAUUUGCCUACACGACAUCGAAAAAUGGUGGAAUUCUAUCACACGGUAAGUAUCACUUGUCCACAGAAAAUGUACAAGACAGUGGGUACGGGUCUUUUUCUGAUUCACGAUAUAAAUUA